CCACGUGCAUCGCAUGCCUACAUUUGUUGUGUCAUACAGAUUUCAAGUUUUCGUGAUGUUUAAUAUUUAGUCUGAUUAGAUUUUAAUCAACGAAAGAAUCACUUUUUCUCUCAAGAUGAAGACUAAACCGACUCGUCACAAGGAAACGAAUACUUUUCAGUUCAAACCGUUCUCUGAAAGAGUGACGGAAAUCGAUGUCGAUGUCUUUCAUCGCGUAGUGCAUCGGUAUGAAGAUAAUGACGAGGAAGUAGAGACUUAUUUUCACCAAACGCUACAGAAAUGGAAUGUCCUCAACUUAACGGAGGGCUAUGUCACUUUUAAGAAGCAAAUGAGGAACAUUGUUACAUUGCCUCAAUUGAUUCACAAGAAGCAAUAUGUCAUCGACACGCUUAUGGAGUAUUUGAAGAAGCGAGAUCCCUGGUGUCUGCAGCCUAUUCUAGAAUUAGUAGUAGCUGUAGCGAGGGAUCUUCAAAAGGAUUUUUACGAAUACUUUCCAACAUUCUUAUCUGAAAUGAUCAAUUUAUUACAAACAAAAGAUACAGAGCAGAUAGAAUAUACAUUUACCACUCUGGCAUAUCUAUUUAAAUUUUUAUGGCGAUAUUUAAUAAGAAACGUAAGAACUGUGGUCAAUCUACUGUUGCCAUUAUUGUCUGACACACAACCGGUCUAUAUAAACAGGUUUGCCGCCGAAAGUUUUGCAUUUGUAGUUCGUAAGAUUAAAGAUAAAGAGUCCUUUCUAAAAUUAGUACUGCAUAUUUUGGAAGAUAAUGCAAAUGGAGUAUCAGGUUGCGGAAAAUUAUUAUUUGAAGUUGUCUUUGGCAUCACGGGACAAUUUCACUCUUGCGGAGAACAAAUGUUACUGAUUUAUUUUAAUGCUUUGCAAGAUCAGUCUAUGAAUCAGAGUCUUACUUAUGAAAUAUUGAAAGAGAUCAUAAAUUGCAUCCUGCAAAAUAUACAUCCUCAAAAAUGUGGUAUUAUGUGGAACGUUAUAUUAAAAGUAAUAGAUAUGUUUAGCGAACAAUCGAAGCAAUCGUUGAAAUCUUCCGAAAGAGAAGACGCGUUAGUUUUAUUUCUACGUCUUAUACAUAUAAUUAUUAGUUAUAAAAAUGGAAAGUUUUUAAUCGAUACUAUAUCUCUGAUAAAAAAAUUAAUUGUUAUAAUGGACACAUUAAAUGAAGAUAAUAUUUUGCAAGAGGUGAUUAAUGUGUCUGUUGCUAUUCUCUUGGCAUCCAAUGUCAAAUUAAUGCAAGAAAAUUCGAGUCAACUGUUGUUGAAAAUUAUGGCGGUGAACAAUACAAAAUUAUUGUACUUUGCUGUUGAAAAGUUGAUGCACUAUUCUUCAUUUGAAACCUUAGUCUUACCUCAUGCAUUACGUCGAAUUAUCUCUAUUGGAUUUGACAGUGAAACGUUGCUUCUCUUUGCCAAAAUAAUUCUUGUCAAAGCAUCACCUUGCCUUAAUGGUAUAAGUUUGAACAAAUGGAAGAAAUAUAUAUUAGACAUACGAAAUAUCAGAGUUGAAAACAUCGAUUAUUUCUCGUCGGAAUUGAGGACAUUAUCUACUGAUUCUGUUUCGUUCGAUGCAAUGAGGAUAUUGAUAAUUUUACCGCACCUAAAACCAUUGCACGAAGAAUUUAAAACUGCAUUAAAAACUGGAUUGUUAUUUACGUAUCAAAAAAUGCUGGAAUACGAUAAAAGUAUAGAAGAUGCUGCAAGCCUCAAUAGAACUAGUUUUAUAUUUUUAUUAAUGCUAGAAUCGAUAAUACAUAUAUUAGAGCCGAGUGAGCUUCACGAGUUUUUUGUAAAAUCCAACAUAACAAUAGCUGAUCUUAUUAACAAAUAUCACGAUAACAAGUACAUCAUAAACGCGAUAGAUCUCUGCUUGACAUAUUUCGUUGCCUCAGAGUAUCACUCCAACUAUAUCAAUUCCGCAGUUUUCGAUACAUUAAAUAACAAUAUAGUGAAGAGGCUGAGUUCGCCUUACAGUAAUACUCGAUUGAUCGUAGCACACUUAUAUUCUUUAUUUGGUAACGUUGAUGAUCUGAGAGGGCCUUUGAUAACGCAGGAUGAUGGCAACACAGGCAAAACUGCCAUGGAACUUGUCUAUUUGGUAGAAUGUGAAUCCGCAACAGUACAAAACUAUCGUGCCAAAUUAUUGCAUUUGCAAGCUUUAGGAUUUCAGAAUCAGGCGAUAACUAAUUUAAAUUCAAGAUAUUACGAAUUCCCAUUGCGUUGCCUGAUCGCUAAUCUAUAUGUCAAUUUCUCUCUGCUCUGGCAACCUGUAAGUAUAGUCCUAGCUAGUUACGGCAACAAAGAAUGUCCACAGUUCUGGCCGACGUUUCUGGCCGAAUUAACGUCCAACAGUGUGCCAGAAGUUGAAUCGAGAUCGUUGUUCGAUUGCGACGUCAUCUCCUCGUUGGAGAUCCAGAUAGAGAAGCGCAACGACAAGCCCGACUUCGAAAAUUACAAGAUACUCCUCUGGAAAUGUAUGACGCACUUCUCCCAUUACGCCGAGACGAAGAAUAGAGAUUUAACUGGAUUGUUUAUCGAUUUUAUAAAUACAAAUUUCUUUAAAUCUAACUCCGAAGAUGGCAAGUAUUGCAAUAUCAAGAAGCGCAAGUGCGGAAUCGACAUAAAUAAUGACAUGAAUGAUAAUGAAGAAGAAGAAGAAGAAGAAGAAGAAGAGGAAGAACGGAUUGAAAUUAUAAAGACUACUCAAGUGGAUGCGAAGAGUAGAAAUUACAAGGUGAAACAUCUACUUGCUCAGAUGGAGAUAUUUGAAAAAGUGUCAAAUCCAAAGAUGUUGCACAGAGAAUCAGAGAUGCGUCAGAUUUACUUGGACCUACUCUGUUCGAAAAAUGCCGACAUACAGAAAGCCGCCUUAAAUUGUCUCUUUGCUUAUAAGCACGAGUAUCUUUUGCCAUACAAGGAAUCGUUAUACGGUUUGAUAAACGAGAAGAAUCUGAAGAACGAGCUCGCGCGUUUUAAACUGGAUCGAGAGAGUGAUGUAAUAAAGGAGAUGCAUCGUGAGAAUCUCAUACCGAUUAUAAUGAGAAUUAUCUAUGCGAAAAUGCUUAUGAAGACCGGUAUAAGAACCGGCGGGAAGGCCGGCGGAUUUACACGGCGGAAAAUGGUACUGCGUUUCCUAGGUGGCACCCAGGAGGACGAGAUGAUUGUAUUCGUCAAAAUGGCCUUUCGACCCUUCAAAGCGUACGUGUCGCUGGAAGUGGAAGAAGACGAGGCGUUCGAUUUGAAGCGAUACACCGAGAACAUCGUCGACGCGAUCGAUCUGGAUAACGUUAUGCCACCUAAACGUAUGCAAAGCGCUGUGAAUCUGCUAGGGAUAGUGAUGGAACAGUUCGGCGGGAAGAUGUCGACAAGACUGUUGCCGCGUUUGCUCAGGAUAUUGAUCUGCAUCCUGGCGGAGGUGAUCGGAAUUCUAAGUAGAUCGGACGAGAUUUAUCCAGGAUACCUGUCGGCGAUCAAGAACGUGCGAACCAGUUGCAUAGGCAUCUUGGCAAGAUUUUUCGUGCAUUUCGAGGACUACGACUGGAAGCGACACGAGAUCGACGCGGUCUACCACGUCGCGAUAUUUCCCCAGUUGCAGAAAUUACCAGUUGAGGGUAUACACAGUCCCACGGCCUUGUUGAAGCUGUUCAUGGCAUGGGGUCAAAAUCCACGGUAUCAUCCAUUGUUCGUGAAACAUCGAGAGGACGACGAGUCGAUCAGCCCUCUUCCUUACAUCGUGCAACUGCUCUUGAAUCCCAAAACACACCAGUCUGUCGUCAACGCUAUUUUGGAAAUUAUUGAGAAAUUACUGACGUUAAAGGAUUACGGACAAUCGAACGAGGAUAGCAUGCAAGUAGAUAAUCCGCCGUCCUUACCACUAAUACCAAUACUGACGAAUCUGCUUGAUAAGGAAAAGAACAUACCGAACGGGAUCAAUUAUGGCUCCUCCAUCCUUCUGCCGCAUAUCCCUCGCAUUUUGGAAUUUAUCAGAAAUAAACUGGAGAAAUCCAACAGAGGCAUAAACAAGACCGAAUUGCUCAUAUUGUCGCGAAUCUCCGAAUUUGUCACGGACGCUGAGACGUGCGACACAGUGUUGAAACUGAUACUGCCUGUGUUAGUGAAGAAGGCUGCAAUUGGCAAUAACGAAGAAGCUAUCGUGGAGCUUACGACGACCGUGAUGAAUCUCGUAAAACUUGCGAACAAGCCGGAGACUCACGUGCGUGCUAUCGCACCGCUAAUGGGUCUUGUAUCGGACGUGUCAGCUCGCAAACUUCUUCUGCAGCUGUACGGCGCCAUCGCCGAGAAGUCCUCGGAGGAGUGUCGCGAGACUAUGACACGAGAUCGCGAUAUCCUGAUUGCGCUCAACGCGUGGGAUCGCAGGUGGAUCGAUCAGCCUGACUUUCAGAGAAGACUGGACGCCUUCGACGAAAUUAAAGGUUUGACUGAGAAAAACGCGAUCACCCUGGAAUUCGGCGUGAUUGUGAUACACAACUGCUUUCACUUUCUGAAGACCGAGUCGGAUCUGGCGAUGAGAGAUUGCGCCGGUCAGUGCUUAAAACUCGUGGGAUCUAGAUUGGCGAAGGAACACCAGACUAAUCCUUCUAACAGACGUUAUCUGAUGGACGACACAAUUCUGGCGCUUACGAGAAAGGGGAUCACGAGCAGAAACGAGACUAUUCGUCUGCAAUCGAUAGCCUUUUUAGGACACAUGGCUCUGGAAUGCGCGGAUGUGCAUCCUAUCUUGCGAGACAUGUCAUUAUUAACUAAUCCAACCGAUCCCGAGGUCGAUUUCUUCGAGAAUAUGCAGCAUUUGCAGUUGCACAGACGAGCUCGUGCGUUCUUGAAGUUCUGUACACUCGCCAAGACGUUACGGAAACCGUUCAAUUCUCGAACCUUGACGCAAUUCAUCCUUCCCCUCUGCUCUUCUUAUCUAUGCAACGAGGCUUUCAUUAAUAAAAAUAGCCUCAUCGACGCCGCCAUCGAAACUGUCGGGGUGGUCUGCAGACUUUUACCGUGGCAUCAUUACGAGAUCAUCUUGAGACAUUAUUUGAAUAAACUGAAGAGAUCCAUAGAGUUUCAGAAACAACUCAUUAGAAUAGUAGUAGCAAUAUUAGAUUCGUUCCAUUACGACUUCUCAAAGUAUAAAGAAGUGCAAAAGAUUACUUCGGCAGGAACCAAAGAUGAUGCCACUGUGAUUAGCGAAGAGAAAACUAAUGAAUCGAUCGGCGAGGAGAAAACUAAUGAAGCGAUUGAUGAAGAGAAAACUAAUGAAGCGAUCGGUGAAGAUGCGAUUUUGGAGGAUAAAGAAGCGGAAGAAAUAUUGGAGGAAGCGCUAAAUGAUGAAAACGUCGAGAAUAUUGAAGAAGUAGAAGGAGAUACUGAAGCAGCGAAGGAAGAUUUACUAAUCGAAAGGCAGACGUUACUUUCGCAAAGCGGAGCGAAGAAAGUCAUGUUCAGUAUAUCGCAUGGUUUGUUACCCCAACUGCUUCGAUCUAUCACAGCUAGAACGCGACAGGACAGCAGUCAUAAGCUCAACAAGAAGAAAUUUGCGUCCGAAACGGAGGAAAAUGAUUUGAUGAGAGUUCCCAUCGCUCUUGCGCUUGUUAAAUUAUUACAGAAAAUGCCCGGGGAUAUUUUGGACGCAAACCUUCCAGGAAUUUUUAUGAAACUGUGUACAUUUCUUAAAUCGCGCAUGGAGUCAAUUCGACGUACAACUCGUGAGACACUGCAAAAAAUUAUGAUAACAUUAGGACCAAAAUAUCUUCAUCAUCUUCUGAAAGAAAUGAAUGCAUUAUUAACAAGAGGUUUUCAAGUGCACGUUCUGGUAUACACAAUACAGUCCGUAUUACUUGCACUGAAGCCAUAUUUUCAGAAAUUCGACAUUAAUCAUAAUCUACAAAGUAUUAUAUCUGUAUGCAAAGUCGAUCUGUUUGGCUUAACUGCGGAAGAAAAGGAGAUAUCUGGUAUCGUUAAAAAUGUGUCAGAAGCAAGGAGCACUAAAAGCUUCGACAUCUUCCAUAUAUUAGCAGAGUUUAUAACGGAAUCUUGUUUAUUGGACUUAAUCAUGCCGUUGAAAGAAGUGCUGUUGAAAACGCAUACGUACAAAACGAUAAACAAAGUUACGGAAUGUCUUCGAAACGUAACUCUGGGAUUGGCGGAUAACUCUUACAUACUACUGGAACAGAUGCUCAUAUUUCUCUACGGCAUCAUCUCGGAAAGCAUACCGGAUCUUCUGCCGGAGAAAGACGACAAAAAGCUCGUGGAAGAGAAAACGAAAUAUCUCGUGCCGCAGCAAUCAAACUGUUUCAUCAUACCACCAGCACCCAAAAACAGAAUGGGUAUUAAAGCCACAGCGAAAACCACCAGGCACAUCAAUGUUCACGUAAUGAUAGAAUUCGGUUUGAAACUGUAUCACAUACUAUUGAAACGAGACAAAAUUUCUUCUACGGAAUACAAACCCUAUUUGGAACCCUUUGUAUCGGUUUUGAGCGAUUGUUUAAAUUCUCAUCACGUUAAGCUGUGUACCGUGGCCUUGCAAUGCUUAAACUGGAUGCUGAAGAUGGACUUAACUUCGACAUUGGCAUCGAUCUCGGGAAUCUGUAAAGCCAUGUUCGAUAUCUUACAUAAAUACGCUGUCGCGGGAUUAAGCAAGGGAAACAACUUCGAUCUCGUGAUGGCGACAUUCAAAUGCAUGUCCGUGAUUGUUCGCGACGUGAAAUAUUUCAGCAUCGACGCCGAUCAGUUGAAGAUCCUCAUCUUAUACGCGGAACAGGAUCUGCACGACAGCGAUAAACACGCCACUGCGUUUACAUUGCUCAAGGCUAUAAUUCAUCGAAAAAUGAUCGUUCCUGAAAUGCAUGCUGUCAUGGAAAAAGUCGCUAAACUAAGCAUUACCACGGAAUUGGAGCACGUUAGAUUGCAAUCGCGUUCCUUAUUCUAUACGUACUUGAUGGAAUAUCCACUUGGCAAACAUUUAGACAAACACAUAUACUUUUAUCUCAAACAAUUGAGUUACGAGCUACAGCCAGGUCGAUUGAGCGCAUUGGAGAUGAUUCAUACUAUUGUCACAGGAUUUCCGUUAAAAAUUUUAAUUAAAAGAGCGGAGAUUAUAUUUCUAAUGACGAGUCCAAGAUUAAUAGACGACGAUGAUCCGACCUGCCGUAAACUUUGUGCGAAAUGUAUAACAGAAAUACUCACCCGGAUAUCCUACAAUGAAAAGAAUAAGCUAUUCGACAAUUGGCCCGUUCAGUGGCUAGGUAAUUCCAACAUAAGAUACCGAACGUUGGCGGCACAAUUAUGCGGCAUAUUUGUGACUGUUGAAAAACAUGAAUUUGAUUCACGAUUACCUCAAGUUUUGCCGUUGUUAUUGAAGCAGUUUCACGCAAAUGUCCCCGUUUUUGGCAAUGAACAGUCUGGAAUAUCUAUGAAGUUAAACAAUAAAGACCGCUUACAGAAAAAUGUAAAGGAUUUAGAAAGAGCGAAAGAUCAUCAUUUAAUUCAAGUUUUACAUUUAUUGUUGAAGAUAGCACGUUACACAUCAUUACUCACGAAUGAAAAGUACAAAGAUUCCAUCGAUUCUUUUGCCGAAUAUAGUCAAUCUUUGUUGUCUCACCCACAUAUUUGGGUUCGAUUAUCUGCCGCACAAUUUAUUGGAUUUAUCUUGACUACUCUGGACGUUGAUAAAAUUGUGACGCUUUUAAAUAAUCCAGAAAAUGACGAAGAACAAGAGGGAUACAUGUACUCAAAUCCUAUCGAUACUUUAAAAAGUUUGAUUUUAGACUUAAUAGCGCAACUUUAUCCAGAUAUGACAUUUGAAGAAUUAGCAGAUCAAGUUGUGAAAAAUCUAAUUUUUAUCGCACAAAUAUUAAAAUCAAUGAAAAUAUCGGAUGUGCAAGGUGAUAAACAGGAUGAUAAAAAUACAGCAAAGGAUAGCAAUAAUUUAUCUCUUUUUUGGCUUAUCAGAAAAUUGAGAAAAGCUGUUAAUGUAGAGAUAACACAAGCUCCCAAAUCGACAUCAGUAAGAACUGCAGCAUUCAAAUUUAUUGCUGGUGUAGUAACUACAAUUCCCAUGGAAUAUUUAAAUGCGAUACUUUUUAGUAUCAUGUCUCCAUUGGUACGAGAGAUAGCUAUAACAGAAGAAACAAAUGUUGAAUUACGUCGACUAGCUAAAGAAGUACUUGCUAUGAUUAAAAAAUCUAUAGGAAAUGAAGAAUAUGUUAAAUUAUUAAAUCGAGUACAACAAAAACUUGACAUUAAGAAAGCAGAGAGGAGAAAAGUUCGCACACAACAGUUUGUAGUUAAUCCUGAUCUAGCAGCCAAGCGCAAAUUGGCUAGACAACAAAAAAAGAAAGAAUCGAAAAAAAGGAAAAUAAAUAAUAUAAAAGCAAAUAAAGUAGUCAAAAAACGCAAAAAGAAAGUAGACCCAGACGAAGUGUAAUAUGCGUAAUUUAUAAAAAUUACAAUUUCACAAUGAUUAAUUACUAUUUGUAAAU